GAGAGUGAGAGAGGAGAGGGUGACCAAACGGAGGGAGGGAGGGGGAAACGGCGUAUGCUUGUAUACAACCCUGAUUUCCAUUUUUUUCCCAACUCGUAAUGUAUUUAAUUCAAGUGAAACGUAAUCAUGACGUGUCGUGUCAUUAAUCUCCUCGCCGCCUCUCCCGAAAUUAUAGAAGGAGGCUGCCUCAGAAGUGUUUCCCCCCUAGGCCGAGACACUAAAGAAUGGCAUAACACCAAACACACUGCUAAGGAUGGAUUCUCCACCAGAGUGUGUGUUGUCUCUUGCUUGUGAGCAGCCACAGUCUCCCCAAACGCUGCCAUCUCUUGACCACAGCCCUCAAGCCUCCUCUCCUCUACCCGACAGCCCCGUUGUCCUGCCGAUCCCCAGCCCUGAACCUUCCCCGCAGAGCCCUGACACCACACCAUAUUUUCCCCUCUCUCCCUUCCCUCUACAAGAGGUCAACAAUAAUGACUGCCUUGAUCUUGAGGGAGAAGAUUGCGAAGAAGAGCUAGAUGGAAUUCCUCCAUCUCCGACCCCAGCAGUAGCUUUGUUUCCAGGAGGAAGCGCUCAAGAUGCGGGAUGCAACCCCGGUUUGGAUUCCUCCCCACCAGACACACCGUCAGCUCCUUUUCUUGGUUACGGUGCCCUUGAGUUGGCCCUUUCUUCAGGACAGGGUGGAAACUGCAGCGAUGAGCUAGAUCUUCAACUGUUCCAAAAGGAAACUGUUACCAGGGCAACACCUGGAGCUGGAGGGGCCUCGCCUGGGCCUGCACUCAAGUUUCCCUGUCAUGUGUGUGGGAAGAGAUUUAGAUUCCAAAGCAUCUUGUCUCUUCAUGCUCGAGCACAUAGUUUGGACCGAGAACGAAGAGCUGCAUCGCUGUACCGCACUAGACCCCCCUCAUCUUCCCUUAAGCAACAUCUCAAAAUCCAUCAGAAUCACAAAGAUUUGCUCUCCAAUCACAGAAGUCGUGCAAAUCAGCGUUUACUGCCAAAAACUCUAAUCCAGCACCUCACGGAGGAGGAGGAUGUCAAUGGAGAGGACAAAGGUCUAGAUGAUGAUCUGAAGCCAGACCAGAACCCAAACUUUUUAUUGGAUGACAGCACACCCUUGACCCCACCCCUCACAGAAGAUCCUGUAUCUGUAACCUCCCCUUAUUCCUCUACUGGCGAGGGCUCGUCUGUUGCCACAGCACCUACGUUUCGCUGCCAUGCCUGUAAGGGAAAAUUCCGCACAGCUUCAGAACUGGCACGCCACGUCCGCAUCCUCCACAACCCGUACAAAUGCACCCUUUGUCCUUUCUCUGCCAGCCAAGAAGAGAGUCUGGCAUCUCACUUACAGGAGUGUCACCCCUCCCCGGAGGUGUCGGCCUUGACAACAGCCUUCAACUGCAGGACCAUCAUUGACACACCAGUGCCCACCCCAACCCAUACUCCCGCCCCGACCCCAGGUAACGCUCAGAUCUCAUCGGCUGCUGGAAUCUCUGCAUCCUCUUCAGUGCCAGCAUUUCGCUGUGAUACUUGUGGCCAGAGAUUUACGCAGUCCUGGUUUCUGAAGGGACACAUGCGAAAACACAAGGACUCCUUAGAUCAUAAGUGCCAGGUGUGUGGACGUGGCUUUAAGGAGCCUUGGUUCCUCAAGAACCACAUGAAAGUUCAUCUUAACAAGCUUGGCCUCAAAGCUGGAUUAGGAACCCAUGGUAUUCUCGGGAAUGCUGAGCAGCAGUCAAAGGGUUCUGCUAGUACGCACACACUCAACUCCCUGUACUCAAGCCUGCUCAUGGCCCACCGAGGAAGUGGAGCCAGAGGUGGACAGGGAAGGUCUGACAGAGAAACUGGGGGUAGGAUCGACAUGAGUUUAAGCAAGUCUGCUAUCCUGGGAUACCUUGGCUUGCCCAGUGAUGGCAGCGGGGCCAGUUGCAUGGAAAGACUUCAAGCAGCAGCUCAGGUGGCAGAGAUGGGAAACAGUGGUGGAGGUAUUAGUGGAGGUGGCGACCCCACCAGAGGAGGGGGAACAUCCAGAGGAGGUGGCACAAGUGAAACCACAUCAGCUAUUUCAGAAGGAGGGGAUCAGGCAACUUGGUGGCAGCUGGUUGCUCGCAGCCUGGCUGUUUCACAGCAGCAGCAGCAGCAGCAGCAGCAGAGACCACAGCAGCGAGGGCAGCAGCAAGGUCAGCGAGCCCCAGGUCGAAGUUCAGUGAUCACAGAAGCAGACCAAAUCAGGGUCUACCGAUCAGGCCUAGAUCCCAGAGGAGAGUCGGGAGGAGCUGGAGGGCCUUGGGAAUGCCCGGACUGCGGAAAGUUGUUCCGCAGCCUGCAGCAGGUGGUUGUGCAUGCUCGCGUCCAUGCUCAGAGGCCGCAGAAUCGUGGCACCAGUGAAGAAGAGGGGGCUGGUACUCGAAGAGGAGUGGGGUUGGGAAGAGGAGGCGGCAGCAGUGAUGUAAGACCAGAAUCCCAACUUCACGGUGGUGGAUCUCAGCAAAUGGGAGACGGAAGACAGGAAUCAAAACUGAACAGUAGUGUAUCUCAGCAAGCAGGAGCAGUCACAGGGUUUCACUCUGUUAUUUCAAACUUCAAAGGAGAAAACGGCUUCACAGCAGUCUCCUCCAUGCCCUCAGUUCCCACCAGGGAGCGAGUGCGUGGCAGAGGGAUAAAAGACUGCCCCUACUGUGGCAAAGCCUUCCGCUCUUCCCACCAUCUCAAAGUGCACCUGAGAGUUCACACAGGUGAGAGACCCUACAAAUGCCCCCACUGUGACUAUGCAGGCACUCAGUCUGGGUCACUGAAGUACCACCUCCAGCGGCACCACAGGGAGCAACGCAAUGCCUUAUCAGCUUCCUCCAAUUCCUCCUCUGGGCCCACCUCCAGCAUUCACACAUCUGGAGCCCCUGGACUGGUCAAGCAGCGCCGAUCUCAGCUCAACCACGGCCCGAUCAACCGAGGCACUGCUGAUACAACCGUUUCACGGUCCAGCCAGCAGUCUUGGCUCCUGGGCCUCCCAGACCAACGGGAACAUCGGAAGGCUCUGGCAGCUCUAAGGGAUGUCGACUUGGAGACCCAGUACAGGUAUCUGUCUGGAGUUAUGGGGGCCCUGUACCAAGGAGGAAUGGAGGGAAACUGGAUUAGGGGAUCCCCCCCACCAAAGACUACUAAAGUAUCCCGACGUAAGCCUCUCACUACUAGUCGAAUGGUUCAGCCACAAAGUGACAAGGACGAACCUGUGCCAUCAACUCAGGAGGGAGGGUUUGAACCUUUGGAUCUUUCCCGUCGCACCUCGCCCAGCCAUGGAGGGAUGGAAGACAAUGAAAGCAUUGGUGCCGGGGAUGGAGGAGUUGUGUUUGGUGUUGAUGGUGGGAGGGAUAGCUCAGCAGGGGUCAAACUGAGCCAGUGUUUGUUCUGCCCUUUUCAUACGUCAUCAGCUGAGCUGAUGGCCAUGCAUAUCCAAGUAAACCACACAAGUAAGUCUAGGCGCAAGAGGGUCUCCUCUGCUCUCCUGGAUAAUGAACGCGCCCAAAGGGCCACCAAGCCACGGAUGGAUAACUCCGACAUCGAUCCUCUGACGUUAUGGAGGCAUGUGAGUGAGAGAGACUCUCCAGUCCCUGUGGGGCACUGGUCUUCAACUCAGCACCAGAUCACUAAUGGUCACCCUGAGGAUACAGCAGAUCAUCUGGACAAUGUGUCUUAUCGUCAAGACUCUGUGGCUUCAGUGCCCAAGAAUGUAAGAGACAGCCCAGCUGUCAAGGAAAAGACGGAGGAGGAGAAAGAAGAACUCGAUGAGGAAUUUGAAGAGAACAUGGAGAGCAGCAGUGUGGAGGAUUUGCAAGAUCGGGAUCUGAGGAUGUCCCUCGACCUUUCACCAGCUCUGAGCCCCAACCACAUGGCAGCGGAGGAUGACAAGGUCCUAACUGGUUAAAAGAAAGAGACAGAGGGAGUUUCAGCUGUACAUGUGACAGACAAGAAAUAAUGCAAAAAGGCAUCCCUUCAUAGUUUAAUUUAUGAGAACACGUGAAGAGUCUUGAAGAUUAAUGUUUCCGCAAAACGGAGGGAAAAAGUGCUACUUUAAUAUUCCCUCUGGUAUGACUUGUCUACUAUCUUUGUGACUGCUUAAUCCUCUACAACAUACACUAAUAUUCCUGUAAUCUCAAAGGAGCAUGGACACAACUUUUCAGGAUUUUUGUAGGCCACCUUUUGUAUUUGUCCCUCUCCACCCGCCCCAAGAAAAAGCCCAAGGUUGAUGCUUUUUGAGAUGAUAUUCUAUUCAACAAACAUCUGCUAAGGGUCUAGGAUCAUUCCAGAAUCUCAAACUUUGACGCACUGCUGUAUAAGCAGUGUAUUCCUGACUACUACACUGAGUGAGCUGAACAGGUAACUCUACAGAAUGACCACUGAACAGUUUGAGACUGUCAGCUUCAUCUUCCUCCUCAAUCCACAGAAAGUUUUAAGCUAUCUGACAUUAAUUUAAGGCAUGAGGUGACCGUUUCCUCGACUGUGUAUCACUGCCUUGUUUUUCAGCUGUGUUUAUCGAUUACUGUCCUAAAAAAACUUAUCUGAAAGAAAAGUUUGUAUUUUUUUUUGUUGUUGUUGUAAUCAGUUAGUGCCUGUUCAUGUAUGUUGUCAAAAGAGUCUCUGGCGUUGUCCGAGUCUCGCAUAGGUCGCUAAUUUUAUCGGAAUAUACAGUUUCAAAUGAUUUAAAUACAAUAUAUUUGUUUAAAGUGGUUCUAGGGUGUUGUGAAUAGUUGUAAAAGAAAUGCUACAUCAUAGCGUUAAUGUUCUUGACACAGACUGUAGCCGGUUUGUGGUUCUUUUCAAAAGGAAUUUAAAAAAAAAGUAGGCAAUGACAAGAUGUUUAAAGACUACGAGAUAGAAAAGGGGCACAGUUUAGAAUUCAGUGUUUUCAGCACUAACUGGGUUGUGGUCCGUUGUGCUGAACAAAUGAUAAAUCAAGGACUUGAGGGCUGUAGGGGGGAAACUGAGCCCUCUUCCACAAUCAGCUGGCACGUUGUAUUAAAAAGAACUGUGUCAAAAAUAGAGGGUUGAAAAUGAGAAAUAAAUACAAAGUUGCUACCAGACAAGACAAAAUCCGAGAAAUAAGCUGUACUUUUGGGAUAUGGUGACUUUUGGACAACUAGAGUCCUUCUCUUCUUUCUUUUCUGUAAAAAAAAAAAAAAAAAAAAUCCCCGAAAAGACAACGGUAGGAAUAAUUAUUAAAACACUAACACAUGCUUAGACAUCCCAGUAGUAUAUGUGUAGCUUUUGUAAAGACAAGAAAAGAAAAACCCACAGACUUUUGUUUAUUUUCAUUUCAAGAUGCUUACAGAAAAAGGUUAUCAAUAUAGGUAAUAUUGAUUAUAAUGUUUGUGAGCUAAGACUAGUUGGAAUGUCUAUACAGAGCACUGUGCAAGGUUUGAGUUCCCAAAGUAGUUGUUUUUUUGUUGACUAUCGAUAGACCAAACUUUUUGUUUUUUCCAAUGGCAGUUUUUGUUGUCAUUUUAAAUGUGUAAGUGUGUGGCUUGAGUAGAUUUACCCCAUCAAUUAACAAACUGUUGCGAAGCGUAAUUAGAGCUCAAGAUAUAAAUAAGACUAUCUAGUAAAAAAAUAAAGUACCCCAGAGAUUUGAAGUUAUGGCUAAUAAAAGUAGACGGCACUGGCUGAUGUCGACUUUUGUUAUUUGAUGGGGUAUAAGGCUUGUGGAGUGAUAUCAGAACAAAUGUUUAUGUUGUUGGCAGUGUCAGUCUGCAUUAGCAUUAGUACACAUGUAAGUCAAAAUUUGUGUAGCACUACCAGAUAUUUCUAGAGAAUUUUCUAAACACAUUAUACAUUUAGAGGGCAUCGUCAGGCAUAUCUGUUUCCACACAUACCUCUAAAAGGUCUGAUAAUCUCCUGUCUUCUGCUGAUGUGCUUCGUGAUGCUAACGCUAAUACUAGUUUUUGUCCUCUUUAUGAAAACUUAGCUGUAACUUUUUUAACAUUUAAAACAACUGGUCCUGGUUACUUGUUACAGUCUUACUUUUUUUUUUUUUUUUUUUUAAAAAAAAGAAGAUGAAUAAAUUAUUUAAGCUACGCUUUUAAACUAAGACUUUACAAAUGCAAGAAGUUAAUAUGCUGAUGCUAGUUGCUUUCUCUUUGUGGAAUCUUUGAUUGCGACUGUUUUAAUCUUUGACCCUUUAACAAUUCGGAUAAACUAUUACAGUUUUACAUCAAACAAAAAAAGGAAGUAAAUAAACUUAAUUUUAGCUACAUCUUUUAACGUUGAUGCAACAUUACAAGUAAAAGAAGCUAGGAUGCUAGCACUAGCUUGCUUCCUCUCCAUGGAAUCUUUGAUGUGACAAUUUUAAUUUCACACUUUUAACUUUUCAGACAAAACAGUUGUUACAGUUUAAGAAUAAAAACCAAAGAAUCCGAGUAAAUGAUAAACUUUAUUUUAGCUGUACUUUUUAAUACAUGCAACAUUAAAUCUAGGUAUGUAAUGGGGUCAGUUUGUUCCUUCGCUAAUUCAUACGUCCAUUCUGUACUCCCGUGUCAGUGAUGUAUCUAGGUAGUUUAACUUUUUGAUAAAGUAUGAACAUAAAUAGUACUCACAAAAUAUUUAUUGCUUUUUUUUGUGAAUUUCAUAUUACACCCCAUUAUCUAUUGUGUUCCUGAUUGCUGUGUGGGUUAACUUAAGCUUAAAUUAACAUCACAUAACCUCAGUGUUUAUUUAUAGUAAACACUGAGAACAAUACAGAACAUUACUAAAACAACCAGUGGUUAUAUCUGGUACAAAAUGUACCCAAUGUGGAUACAAAAAGACACACUGUUGGUACAAAACACUGACAAAUCUCAGCAGAAACACUGGAUUAUGAAACAAGAAAAUGUGAAAAGCACAAGAUUGCAAGCGUGGGAAUUGCCCAGCAAAAUCUACUUGAGGGCCCUGUACUGCCAAAGCUUAGCUUGACAACACACAUUAAUUUGCCUAAAGUAAUGUAAUUUAACUAUACAUAUCAACUGACUGUACAUCCCAAUGAAACAUGACUUUAAAGUCCUCAUUUGUACUAUACCAGAUUUUACAGAUUCAGUUUUUGCAAAAAUGCAUAGCAUCUGUAGAAACCCCACUGUUUGGUUAAGUCUCUUACAACAAUAUUGUUGGUCAGUGGCUCAUGAUGACACACUGCCAUGAGAAAAUAAUGCUACAGUAUUAGUUUUACUACACAUUUGACGCUGUAGAGGAUAGAUUUUGAUCACCAGAUAUUCCAGACUGCCACAGAUUUUGAUAGACUUCCACUGCUCAUGUGUUGCAGGCCCAACAUGUGAUGUAUACACGGCAACAGAAGCAGCUGCAAUUCUGAUGUCACGGCAAUCACCGAAUCAUAUCUACACAUAAACUCACUCUCUAUGCAAAUGUGGAACUGUUGGAUUAUGGAUGCUUAAAACUAAUAUCUGUGUCUCUGUUAUAAAUGUGCACAAAUUUUUGUAGAAAAAGGAAAAAAACAAUUUUGCGACAGCUGUAAGUGGCUUCUUAUUCAGUUGUUGGAGCAAUAAGCUCUCAGGAGCAGCGAUGUACGACACGUUUUGGGGAAGUUGUAGUGUAAGAUUGUACAGAAGAGCUUUUGAUGAGUUGUGAUAGUUAUGGUGGAGCCAGUUGCGCAUUGUCCAAAAAAAACCUUGAAGAACAAACCAUCUUCCUCCUGCUACUUCCUAUUCGUCUUCUUUGUCAUUUCUGCCAGGAGUAACAUCCAGCUGUUGAUCACGCAACUUGCGUGAUGCGAACAAAAAUGUUUCCAUUACAGUUGCUUGAAAUACAUCUAUUUUGAUACUGCUGAAAAACCACCUCAUUUCAGCACUAAAACGUUAUCAAAGUAUGUGAAUUUUUCUUUUUAGUCCUGUGCUUUCCUUGAAGCAAAUGUAUUUUUGCUAUUUUAAUUUGCACAAUUUUAUGGUAAAUGCGGCUGCUGACCUACAUUCUGAUUAAUUUAUCUAAGUAUCAGAGGACUUUGUGAGACCUUUGAGAUAUCUUUAAUGUAUGCAUAAGUAUGAAAAAAAUUCUCAUGUCACAGCAGAAAUAACUUAGCCACUCCCUGCAACAGCAGAACACUGUGAAUUCCACACCACUGAUCCCAAAACACGUGCAUUAUUGAUGACUGG